GCUGUUGCGGGAGCGACUUUCUGCUUUCGAGGAGGAGAAGGCAACUUCCCUCCAAGCUCUGCGCGAGCAAGUGAUGCUGCUUGCCAGAGAGAACUACGAUCUCAAGCAUGGAGCUCGCCAAGCCGAGGCGCCCCUCGUGGAAGCCAAGGAGGUGCCUGCCGGCUCGGGAGCUGCAUCCGAAGGUGACCAGAGGUGGUGGCUGUCCGCCAUCUUUUCUCCGUUCUUGACUGAAGGAGACAUGCGUGAAAUCCAUGCGCAGUCUCGCUUGGACGAAGCCGACGGCCGAAACGAGGGCUGA